GGCAGCGCGACCGAGGAGAAGCCGGGAGCACCAGCGUCUGGACAGACUGCGGGAAGGGAAAGCUUCACAGAGCCGCUUCCCGCGCUCUGGUGCGCGCGCCCUGUGCGCAUGCGCGGCCCGCCGCCGCCCGGCGCAGGUCCGGCCCGAGGUCGCCGGGUGGUGGCGUCAGAGGCGCGCCGCCUCGAAGCCAAGAGCCGGUGGCUGGGGCCGAGCUGAAAGAAAAGGUGGGAGCUGAACCCGGAAGUGGCGGCGGUCCCUGGAGAGCAGGCGGAGACAGCGGCAAGACUGACUCUGGACUGACCGUGGAGCGGGGGCGGGGGCUGACAGACAGGCCGCCGCCUUUGAGGGAGCUACACGAGGAGCGGGAGUGGCCGGGCCUUCCUUCCGCUCUUGGGCGAGCGCCGGGUGGUGGCGAUGGUGAUGGCGGCAUUCGCUCGGACAGCUCCGGUUGAGCUGCACUCGGAGAGAUCCGUCCAGAAAGUGCCCAGAAGAAACUUUCACUCAGAAAAGCUGAAAACACAGUAUUUAUAACACUGGAAAUUGUAAAGAAUUUGUUUAAAAUGGCUGAAAACAAUAGUAAAAAUGUAGAUGUACGGCCUAAAACCAGUCGGAGUCGAAGUGCUGACAGGAAGGAUGGUUAUGUAUGGAGUGGAAAGAAGUUGUCUUGGUCUAAAAAGAGUGAGAGUUUUUCUGAAUCUGAAGCCAUAGGUACUGUUGAGAAUGUUGAAAUUCCUCUAAGGAGCCAAGAAAGAAAGCUUAGCUGCUCGUCCAUUGAGUUGGACUUAGAUCAUUCCUGUGGGCAUAGAUUUUUAGGCCGAUCUCUUAAACAGAAACUGCAAGAUGCCGUGGGGCAGUGUUUUCCAAUAAAGAAUUGUAGUGGUCGACACUCUCCAGGGCUUCCAUCUAAAAGAAAGAUUCAUAUCAGUGAACUCAUGUUAGAUAAGUGCCCUUUCCCACCUCGAUCAGAUUUAGCCUUUAGGUGGCAUUUUAUUAAACGGCACACUGUUCCUAUAAGUCCCAAUUCAGAUGAAUGGGUGAGUACAGACCUAUCUGAGAGUAAAUUGAGAGAUGCUCAGCUGAAACGACGAAACACAGAAGACGACAUGCCCUGUUUCUCACAUACUAGUGUCCAGCCUUGUGUCAUAACUACCAACUGGGGAGUCAUGGAUAAAUAUGCAGCCGAAGCUCUGCUAGAAGGAAUGCCAGAGGGCACCUUUUUAUUUCGAGAUUCAGCACAGGAAGAUUAUUUAUUCUCUGUUAGUUUGAGACGCUGUAGUCAUUCUCUUCAUGCUAGAGUUGAACAGUGGAAUCAUAACUUUAGCUUUGAUGCCCAUGAUCCUUGUGUCUUCCAUUCUCCUGAUAUUACUUGGCUCCUAGAACAUUAUAAGGACCCAAGCACCUAUAUGGUCUUUGAGCCACUUUUAUCCACUCCACUAAUCCGGACUUUCCCCUUUUCCUUGCAGCAUAUUUGCAGAAUAGUUAUUUUUAUUUGUAAUUGUACGACUUAUGAUGGCAUCGAUGCCCUUCCAAUUCCUUCGCCUAUGAAAUUGUAUCUGAAGGAAUACCAUUAUAAAUCAAAAGUUAGGUUACUCAGGAUUGAUGUGCCAGAGCAACAGUGAUGCAGAGAGAUUAGAAUGUUGACCUGCAUACAUAUUUUCACUUAAUAUUUUAUUUUUCUUAUGCCUCUUUGAAUUUUUGUACAAAGGCAGUUGAAUCCAAAAUAAAACUGUGCCCUAAGUUUUAAUUCCAGAUCAAUUUAUUUUUUUUUAUGAUACACUUGUUAUAUUUUUAAGCAGGUUUUGGUUUUUGUUUUUACCAUGUAAAUUGUAUACUUUUUCCCUUAAUUUACAUAUGGUCCGGGCAUAUUUACAAUUUCAAGGCAUUGCGUAUACAUUUGAAUAGUCUGUAUUUUUAAAAUAAUCUCUUGCUCUUUCCUACGUGUGAAAUAUUUUGCUAAUCUAUGCUAUCAGUAUUCUUGUACGACAGAAUAGUUACCUGUGCUCUUUUCAUUUUGAAGAUCUUCCAUAGAGUGUUAUAAUCAAUCCAUUAUAAUGUAAUUAACUUUUGUAAUUUACCAAUAGGAAUGUUAAACAACAAAAUGAUUUAAAAUGAAACUUAAUGUAUUUUCAUUUUAAAUAUUAACUAAAAUGAGUUUGUUUGUUAGUUAUUCUAGCCAGUGAGAAAAGAAUGUUAUGUCCUAGAGGUGUAUUUGUUCUGCAGUUUGUUAGGAUCAUCAGUUAAUCCAAAUACAGCAUCCCCUCAACCUGGAGGUGAAUGUAGUUUGUGUUCCUUUCUUACUGGAAGCUUUACAAAGCAAAAUAGCAGUAUUAGAAGAUUGGAGUUGCUAGGCAACUAGAGUUUUCUCUAUUAAUUUAUGGACUGUUGUAUCUACUUAGCUCUUUUUUAGGAACUCUG